AUGGCUUCUGCACUCCACAGCAAAAUGCACCCGCCUGGGACCGCCUCGGGCUCCAAAGCCGACGGCCGCGGGGGUGCGGGCUGGAGAAUGGACUGCGAUCCUGAGAUCCACGUGAAAAUGUGCAAGAAGAUCGCUCAGCUCACCAAGGUGAUCUAUGCCCUGAACACCCGCCAGGACGAGGCCGAGGCCAGCAUGGAGGCCCUGAGGGAGGCCCACCAGGAGGAGCUGCAGAACGCAGUGGCGGAGACCAAGGCCAGCCUCCUGCAGGACCAGGGCCGUGCACAGAAAGAUGCGCUCCUGCAGCGCAUCCAGGCCCUGGAGAGCGCCCUGGAGCUGCAGAAGAGGCUGACGCAGGAGGCCCUGGCCGAGUCGGCCUCCUGCAGGCUGGAGACCAGGGAGAGAGAGCUGAGGGUGGAGGCCGAGCACGCGGAGAGGGUCCUGACCCUGUCCAAGGAGAUGCUGGAGCUCAAGGCCGACUACGAGAAGCGACUCCGGCACCAGUGGGGCUGGCUUUCCCAGGACGGUCCUGACACCAAGGGUGAGCUGGGCCAGGACCGCAGCCCUGAGAUGCAGGAAGUCCUGCAGGAGGUGGAGAGGCUGCGUCUGGAGAACCAGCAGCUGAGCAAGGACUAUGCCCGCAAGGCCGAGGAGCUGCAGGCCACCUACGAGCGGGAGAACGAGGCCGUGCGCCAGGCCAUGCAGCAGUCGGUGAGCGAGGCGCUGUGGCAGUGGCAGGAGAAGGAGACAGACCUCCGUAAGAACUUCCAGGCGCAGGAGUCGGCCCUGCAGGCGCAGGUCAGGAAGCUGGAGGGGGACCUGGAACACAGGGGCCGCAAGAUAAGUGACCUGAAGAAGUACGCCCAGAAGCUGAAGGAGAAGAUCCAGGACCUGGAUGUGCACCUCAGGGAGGCCCGUCAGGAGAACUCGGAGCUGAAAAGCACAGCCAGAAAACUCGGGGAGAAGCUGGCCGUUGCCAAGGACAGGCUGAUGAUGCAGGAGUGCCCCGUGCCGCAGAAAGCCGAUGACACGAAGGCCGAGUUCGUUUCAGAGGAUGACAUCAUGGGAGAAAGGGAUGACAUGGAAGCCCCCAGUCUUCAUUCUCAGCAGGACCAGAGUUGUCUCAAGGAAAGUCCAGGCCCAAAAGGAAGCCCAGAGGCCCAGACCAAGAAAGACUCGAAUGUUGAGAAAGAGUCUAUGAAGCAAAAAUACGAAGAAGACCUGCGGAAAAUCAAGCAUCAGACAGAAGAAGAAAAGAAGCGUCUCAGAGACCAGUUGGUGAAGCGACUGGAAGACUUGGUGAAGAAGCAUACAGUGGAGAUCAAGUCCGUGCACUCGUCAGUGGAGGCUGAGAGGAAGAAGCUGCAGAAGGAAGUGGAAGCUCAGUUGGAGGAGGUGAAGAAGAAGUCCAAAAGUGAAAUCAAGCAGCUGGAAGAGGAGAAAGCAGCUCUAAACGUGCAGCUGCAGAAUUCACUGCUGGAGACUUUAAGGCUGGAAGAAUUUAUCCACCAGAAUAAGGUUCCUCCCCCGAAAGCUGAGGAAGGGCCCCUGGAGCCACAGUGCUCACGCUGCAGCAUCUUGGAGACCCAGGAGCCAUGCUUGAAGCUCAAGGAGCCGUCUCAGGCUGUGCUGGGAAAAGAAGACGAUCAAGAGAAGGUCCCUGCUGGAGAAGUUGGCAGUGGUGCUGAGGAAGAAAGGAUUGAAGUCCUCCGGCUGGAAGAAGCUGAGACGCACACUCCCCCAGGCUCUGUGCGGAAGGAGAAGGUCUCGGAGCAGCAGUGUCCGCAGGAGUGGCAAAGCCAGAAGGCAAGCUUGCAGGCCCAGGUGUUGCAGCUGCAGCAGGCGCUGGAGCAGAGGGCCAGUGCCCACCGGGAGGACCUGCAGGAGCUCAGGCAGCUCUCGGAGCAGGAACGGGAGAGGCUGCAACAGGAGCUCCAGGAGAGCGCCCAGCGCAACCAGACCCUGAAGGCCCAGCUCGAGGCCUCCCACCAGCGAGCCCUGCGGGUGCUCGAGAAGGCCAAAAAUCAGGAGCUCAAGGCCACAGAGGAGCGCCUGAAGAAGGAAUCCAACCACAGCCUCCAGAUUCAGCGCCAGACACAUCGCCUGGAGCUGCAGGCCGUGGAGGAAAAGGCGAGACAGGAGCUGCAGGAAGAACGGGAGAGGAUGCAGGCCCAGCAGGCUCUGCUGCUGGAGACCCUGAGGCAGGAGCUGUCAGAGCAGCGGGCUGCCUGCUCUGAGCACCAGCAGGACUUGGCGUCACUGCAAGCCCAGCUGAGGGCUCUGAGCAACUCAGGUCAACAGAUGGCUGACUCUAUGGCACCUGGAGACAGUGAGGAACAAGCCCUCACUGCAGAGGAGGUGGGCCCUGUGCCCGAGACCCCCGAGUUGGUGCCCAGCAAGGCGUGCGGGUUCUGCCCUGAGGGCCCCCCGCUGCAGGCGGUGCGCAGACUGCGGGCCGAGGCGGAGCAGCACCGGCAGGACGCACUGCAGCUCCGCGAGCAGCUCAGGGUGCUGGAGGAGAACCAGCAGGCCCAGCAGGCCCGCGAGGUGGAGGCGCUGCGUCAGGAGCACCGCAAGGAGAUGCAGACCAUGGUGGCCGACUUCAGCAGCGCCCAGGCCCGGCUCCAGGCCCGGCUGGCUGCCCUGGAGACCGAACUCAAGGAAUCUGGGGAGAAGCCGGGGAACGGAGCGUCCAGGCCAGAGGACCUUCAGCUGAUUGGCCACCUGCAGACCCGCCUGAAGGAGAGAGAGGACAUCAUCAAACAGCUGACGGAGGAGAGGCGGUUCCACUAUGCUGCGUUCCCUGGUGCGAUGGCCCACCGGAAUCGAUCCUUUUCCUUUCACCCUCAUCCGGGGUACCUGACCCCUUCCAUGAAGAAGAAGAGAAUGGAGGAUGUGCCCAGCCGAGUGGUCAGCGUGCCAAACCUCGCCUCCUACGCAAAGAACUUCCUGAGCGGCGACCUGAGCUCCAGGAUCAAUGCCCCUCCGAUCACCAAGUCCCCCAGCCUGGACCCAAGCCCAGGCUGUGGCCGGUCGUACAAACCCAGCCAGUCUCUGGAUGUUAAAACUGCCUCCAGGACACAAGAAGGUGAGACCGCGGAGCCCAAAGGAGCCCAGCAGAAGCAGGGGUCUGCCCACCAGGAGUGGUUUACCAAGUACUUCUCUUUCUAA